AUGGACGAUGGAUACAAAAUUGGUGAAGAAUUUUAUAACACAGGAGAUUAUGGUCAUAAACCUCCUUACUUCCCGAACAUUUGUCUUGAUUCCUUUUGGCCUGAAUACUCUAAUGGGAUAAAUGAUCCCAUACUUCUCAACACUCCUUUCAAUACAACUGAAAUUGCUUCCAAUAGUACCAGAAUACCAGAAAUUUAUCUUUAUCCAUAUGAGCAACUGUCCAAUAAUUUAACACGUAUUCUUUUCGAUGGCUUCAUUGUCCUUAUUUGUAUUUUGGGCCUGGUGGGAAAUGGAAGGACAAUUUAUCUCCUGGCCUUUUCCAUGAAGAGGAAUCCUUUCACCACUUUCAUCCUGAAUCUCUCCAUCGCUGAUUUUGGGGUCCUCACAUCCCUCAUUAUGGCAGCAAUCUUUCUGGUGGUGUUAUCUCUGGAUCAAAGAACAUAUAUUGUCAAAACCUUUUUCUCCUUAUUCUUUGAGCUCUUCUCCUUCACCUAUUCUGCUAGCCAGUUUCUGCUGACGGCCAUCAGCCUGGACAGGUGCGUGGCUGUCCUAUUCCCUCUCUGGCAUCGCUGCCAUCAUCCUCCAUAUUUGCCCACCCUUGUUUGUGGUUUUCUCUGGAUCCUUUGCUUCCUGCUCUCUGUGGUGCACUUCAUACUAUAUCAAACCGAGAGCUUUGGAGGCUCACGUUUUCUCUACCAGCUGAUUGUGAAUGGUUUACUUUGUACGCCUCUCAUGGUUGUGUCUACUGUGACUCUCUGGAUUCAUAUGAGGUCUAAAUCGCAACGCAAUCAAAGGAAGCUUCUCACCACUCUCUUGCUGGCUCUCAUCUUCUUCCUCCUUUUUUCUCUCCCAAUGGAUGUCUUUUAUGUCAUUGAAUAUUUUGGUUCCUCUAAUCCCCUCCUUAUGACCAUUGGAAUAGGAUGUGCAGCUAUCAACAGCAGCAUCAACCCACUUUUUUAUUUCUUAGUGGGAAGAAAGAAGAGGGGAAAGGAUCAGCCCAGAGCAUCUUUGAAGCUUGCUUUGCAAAGAGUUUUCAAGGAUGAGCAGGACAACUCAGAAAAGCCAAAAACUAUGGAGGAAGACCAGUUGUGAAGACUCCCUAUCAUGGUGGAUUCAUUUUCUAAUCCUUAAAUAAUAUCUGGAUUCCAUGAGAACACAUAACAUUGAUGGGUUUGCCCAACAAAAUAGCUAAUCAAAAAACCAUGUAAACAGAGAAAUACUGCUGUAUAUGUAAUUUUCAAAGUGGAACAUGACAA